AUGGAAAUUCUUUCGCAUUACAAAAAAGAAGCACAAGAACCACUCAUAAAAAAGAACCUUCUAAAACCAAACAAAGCCAAUGGACUUGACAUGGACAAUUAUUCAUGGGGACAAUCACUUGAAAAUGUCACCAUAAAUAUCCCAUUGCCACGUGGUGAAAGUGUAAAUUACUUUACUGUAGCAAUAGAGAACAGUAAUUCCCUUAAAGUUGGAAGGCAUCUUGAACCACUUAUAAUAGAUGGUUUACUUUUCAAGAAAAUAAAAGCUGAUGAAUGGAGUUGGUAUUUCUCAGAUAAAAAUGAAAUUUGCAUUAGUCUUCCUAAGAGAAAUAGGAAGUGGUGGAAAAGUUUGUUAAAAGGUGAUCCAGAAAUUGACACACAAAAUUUUGAGAGUAAAUGGAGGAUUUUCACAUCAAAACUAUGGCAGCCGGUGGAAAAGUUGUAUUUUAGGCUAGUUAUGAAAUUAACUUAUUUUAAGCAGAAAUUAGAGUCUAUUUUGUCAAAUUGUUCAUAA